GACGUCAGCACGGAGUGCUCGCUGCUCUUCUGAUGAAUAUGGUAGGGGCUGGCCUGGCCCUAGUAGGCUGGUGAUUACGGCGGUUGCUGAUGCCAAUGAUGAGUCAGAGUGUUUGGUGCUGAUGUUGCUGCCAUUUCAUCACCAGCGCUGUGUGAGCCCAGCAGCAGCACAUCUCCAUCUUACAGCAGCCGGGGCCUCCCCGUCCCUGCAUCCCAUUGUCUCCCGGGCUCUGUGCAGCCUGCAGGCCCCCUUUUGCGGCUGUUUGCACCACCUCUGACUGUCCGUCCUCCUUCACAGGGGAAGGAAGGGGCUGUGUAGCCCAUGCCUGCGGGCACUGCCUAAUGCUGAGGCUGCAUAACGGGGGCUGAUGGAGCAUCCUGAGCUGUAUUACCCAGUAUAGGGAGGAGGUAGGUGCCUGAUCUAGCCCUGCACCCGAGGCCAGGCUCUGCAUCUAAGGCUGGACAGGGUGUCUGCAUUGUGCAUAGGGUGUGUGGGCCAGGCCUAGCAUUGUGUGGAGGAGAGACCCGGCCUGGCCUUGCAGUGACCGGUACAGCAGCCUUUUGCACAGGGCCCGGCAUUGUCCGUGCAAUCCUGCCUCCCCUUGUCGCUGUUUCACACCGCUCAGUCCAGCUACUCAUCCCUACUGACUGCAUUAGGCUGCGUGCCCGUACACAAGGCCCGUGCAUAACAGGCCAGCACGCCCCGAUAUACCCAUAUAGAAUAAGCAGCUGAUGCAAAAUGGAGUCUGUCUGACCUUAGGAUACCACCCCCUCUCUCCCUGCCUCCCGUGCCUGUGACCAGGAAGCAGAGACCUCCCUUCCUAAUUCUGCACAUGGCUGUUCCCAGUGCACCUAGCACACACCUCCUCCUGCUGCUGCACACAGUCUAGUGUCAGCCCCUGUUCCCCUCCAGACCAUUCUGUGUGUGCACAUCGCCCCCUGCAGGUUACCAUUGCUACUGCACUCAACAUGUUUUUUUGGAUCAACAAUCUGAGCCAGGUUUAUUAUGGUAGGAAAGCUUUUGGAACAUAACAAGUAGCUUUGGCACCUGUUCCAUGGGACAAUGACAUUGUCGUUUCUGUUCAUUACUAGUUAAUCCCAGGAAAUAGAUACAUCAAAGAAAACAGUUGCAGAUGAAAGAUAUUUGUAUUGCACUGUUGAUAAGAGGUCUUUUCUGAGACUCCAGAGACAUUUGGAAUACAUUUUGCACUGUGCUGGGGCUACAAUAGUCAUCCGCUAAGUGCUACAAGAAAGACUAUAUCCUACUUCUGCGUCUGUAGUAUGCACAGGGCUGUAGAAUGAACUUUGAAUAACUACUACUAGGUGACAAUUUGGCGUCUUAAGAAGCAAUAAGAGAUCUCUUGGAAUAGAAAUAGAAACCAGUGGAUUCUACAAGAACCAAAUCAAGUUGGUAACUUUGAAGGCUAUAGCAUCAUAAGGGCAGCUUUAAAUUAAUCUGGAAUAAUGGAAGCAAUCUGGUUGUACCAGUUCCGGCUCAUCGUGAUUGGAGACUCCACGGUGGGGAAAUCAUGUCUGAUCCGAAGAUUCACAGAAGGCCGGUUUGCCCAAGUGUCCGACCCAACAGUGGGAGUGGAUUUCUUUUCACGGUUGGUGGAAAUUGAACCAGGCAAGCGGAUCAAGUUGCAGAUCUGGGACACUGCUGGGCAAGAGAGGUUCAGGUCUAUCACACGUGCCUACUACAGAAACUCUGUUGGAGGGCUCCUGCUAUUUGAUAUCUCCAACCGUCGCUCCUUCCAAAAUGUUCAUGAAUGGUUAGAAGAAGCUAAGGCCCACGUACAACCCUAUCACAUCGUUUUUGUUCUGGUGGGUCACAAAUGUGACCUGGACACACAACGGCAAGUGACAAGACACGAAGCUGAGAAACUGGCUACUGCUUAUGGCAUGAGAUAUAUUGAAACCUCAGCCCGAGAUGCCAUCAAUGUAGAGAAAGCCUUCACUGAUCUGACUCGCGAUAUAUAUGAGCUUGUUAGAAAGGGGGAUAUAAAUAUCCAAGAAGGCUGGGAGGGGGUAAAAAGUGGCUUUGUCCCAAAUGUAGUGCAUUCUUCUGAGGAGGUAAUCAAAUCAGACAGGCGGUGUCUUUGCUAAGCAGUACAAACUAAUAGUACGGUCUCCUAUGUGAACUCUACUAAUCUAACACAGUCGUAAGCAAAAAUCUGUGAAGUAAAGGGUACCUUGAAUUUGCUAUGAGUACCAUAGCGUGAAGGGAGGUUGGACAACGGAAGUAAAAAUAGUUUGUAAAAUCAGAAAACACAUCUCAAUCUUAUGGAAGUUCUUACAUCUCUGGCAAGUGUGCAUGUCUGUGUGUAGAAGUUGGGAUUCAUAAGUCAAUGACACCAGAGUUCAGAUACAUCCUAAUUCAUUUGAUAAGUUCUGUGUAGUUUAAUGUUGGUAGUUAUAUGCAGUGAGUUAAUACCACAGUGUAAUAGUCAUGAUAUAUAGUUCUAGAAGAAGCAACCCUUUUGUUUACUGUACUUUGAAAGAAAAAAAAAAAGUCAGUGAAGAUUAUGUUCUAGCUUCUAAUUAUAAACUGUCUAAUUGCUGUGAUAAUAACUAAUGCAAUGGCCUUAACGUGUGCCUAUCACUUCAACGAAGUGGAGGCAACUAUUUUAUGGACUGAACCAAUAUUUGAUAGAAUUCAGUUUACCAAGUCGUUAUAAACUAGUGACAUUGCGGAAGCUUGGGGAUUUUUUUUGCCUCAAAGAUGUCACUAGUCCUUAGCCAAUUGGUAGGCUAAAUAUUGGCAAAGGUCGACGUAAUGGCUGCUUUGUAUGGAGUCGAUGGGUUACACUGGUGGUGGUUACUCCAUAUUUCCUUUGACUCAAAAUGUAGAUACUUAAAUGAGAAUAUGUAAUAUCUAAGUGAUUAUACUGCUAUAAAAAGAUGAUACAUUGACAGCUGGAUGACUACUUUCUAUUGAAUAUGUCAAUUGCCAAUCUACUUUAAAUUUUACUUAUUUGUGUGGUAAAUAGUUCUUAUAUUUUAGACUAAAACAUGUAAUCAGACCAAAUAUGAUAAUACAUUGCACUAUUCCAGAGGAAGAAUAAAUUAAAUAAGCAAUAGGUCAAACGAAAAUCCCCUUUUACUUCUGUGGCAAUUCAGCCGAGAUGCAGAUUAAUGUAAGGUAAUAUGAAAUUGAAGCAGGUAAUCCUUUAUUUUCUUGUCUAUCCUCACAUUUUGUUGCUUACAAUGCCAUUAUUGCCUUGGUACCAGGUAUUCUGUAGUUUGAAAAAUAUAAUUUAAAAACAUGUAAUUGGGUAGGGUCAUGAAAUGUCACUGGCAGUCAAAUAGAAAAUAAAAGUCUACAGCUAUCUGGGUAGGGUGUGGUUAAAAAGGUCGACAGUGUCUAGGUCGACCCCAAAUGGUCUACACAAUCAAAAUAUCGACACAGAAAUUGUUGACAAAUGGCAAGGUUGACACAACUUUUUAAUGUUUUUUAGGUGUCAAAUUGUAGGUUUCAGCACAUGAAACCCAGAUUAGUGUACCGCUUCGCUCGCCAUGCUUCAGGCAAGGUGCCUCACAACGCCAGGUUACCAUUCCCAAUCAUAGUUCAUUAAGUAUGAAAAGUUGAUAAAAUUCUAAAAACUUGUGUCAACCAUUGCCAUGUCGCCCUUCUGACCAUGUCGACCAAUGGGGAGGGGAAUGUAAGACUCAAGACGUAAGAGAUUUUGUUUUUUUAUUCUCUUUAUUUCUAAAGGUAAUAUGCAUUGAAAAUACAGUUACAUACAGUAGAAAGACGUGAGAGAUUUUGUGAGAGUUCGCCUGUUUUUUUAAAGUGCCAAUUAUUUACAUGGCAAAAUCAACCUGGCUUUGCCAUGUAAAUGAUUGCCACUUUAAAAAACAGGAGAACUCUCACAAAAUCUUUCACUUCUUGAUUCUCACACCCUAUUACAUUUCCCUUCAUAUUUGUCGACCUAUCAUACAGAAAUCAUCGCGGUAAAAGCUAAAACUACAGCUGCAAAAUCUCUAUUGUCGUUUUUUUAUUCACAGUUAUAAUGUAAGGCUGUGAACCAUUACAAAAAUCUCAAUUCUCCUAGGGGCUAUAUACUGGCCACACAAUAUUGGCCUGAUUCAAAAAUGGACGCUGCUGUUUCCUCAUUAGCACCCUUUGCCGGUUUAUCGGGUGUGAUAAUAUGCAGAUUCUAGUUUAUCUUUCCCUUGGACACUAGCGUGUGCCGCAAUGUGCAAGCACUGAGACAUCCAUUUUCUUUGUCCCUGUACGCAACAGCACUGCUGGAGAUUCCAGACAGUCCAUCAGAUGCAUCAUCGAGUCCACCAUCAAACUUGCAUCCUUAGGGCAGACGCAGUGUGUCCAUCUGUGGAAGCGGCACUGUGUCAGAGAAUGCAGGUUGUUUGCUGUGACACACCCGCGACACUCCCAUAACACCCAUGCAAGGUAUUUUUAUGCGUUCUCCUUAGGCCACGUACCAGUCACUGCCGAUGAAUACCCUUUGCUUCUCUAGUUCAGAUACCAGCUCUCCUGUACGCAAUAGUGCAUUUGUGCGUACACUCAGGGUAACACAUGCACUGUAGGAGUUUCCAGGGUAUUUCACCACAUGCACAGUAGCAAAUAAUCACCAAACUGUGCAAACCGGCAUUGAGUGUGGUUAGUGUCCACCACCUCUAAAUCAGGCCCUCUACAUCUUAGUGAUUGGUCGCAGAGCAACAUACCUAGUAAUGAUCUGAUAAAUUGCAAAUGGAUUAACGGCGGUUGCUAAAUGCUUUGAGAAAAUGACCACAAAGGACCUUGACCAGCCUGUUACAGGUCCCUAUGACUUCUGAAGAGGCUCAGCUGCUCAGGGGUCUGGGACUCCAGGUCGACAACAAAAAGGUCGACACACCUUAUGUCGACGCCAAUUGGUCGACACACCUUAGGUCGACAUGGACAAAAGGUCGACAGGAACAAGGUCGACAUGGAAAAAGGUCGACCUGAGUUUUUUAUGUUUUUUUGGUGUCGUUUUCUUCGUAGAGUGACCGGGAACCCCAAUUAGUGCACCGCGUCCCCUCGCAUGGCUCCUCCGCUCCGCUUCGCUCGGCACAGAUUACCGUUCCAAUCGUAGUCCACAUGGAUCGUUAAGUAUGAAAAAGUUCCAAAAAAGAAAAAAAAUGUGAAAAACUCAUGUCGACCUUUUUCCAUGUCGACCUUGUUCCUGUUGACCUUUUGUCCAUGUCGACCUAAGGUGUGUCGACCUUUUUGUUGUCGACCUGGAGUCCGGAUACCGCUGCUCAGCACAGGUGGUCAUUUGGCUAAAUGGCAGGAUAUUUUCAUGAGAGGCUCUUGAUAGAAACAAUGUAUGUUAACCAAGCUGUACUCUGUUGGUGGAAAAUGUCACAAUGUGCUCCAUGGCAGGUGCUUGGUCCUUGCAAUAGCUGAAGAAUUAGCAUUGUGGGGCCUAGAUAAAAAUGUUCCUCUGUGUAAAAUGAAAAAUGAUCCAGUAUCCUGUGGAGAAUAGUCCCAGACUAUGUGUAUAGGGUCAUGACUAGAGUUGUGGUUAGGCGUGCAGCCCACAUGCAGAGCGGUACAGAGCACACAGGCAUCAGGAGUGAUCAGACCUAUCUUCAUAUGAGUGGUUGGCAGGUAGCUGGAAGUGAUUAUCUACUGCCCACAGGAAUUACAUCACUUUCAUUUUUAACAUCUGGUUAAAGCCCUUUAAGCUUACAUUAUUUUUAUAGCUCAAAUCCACUAAUUGCUAUUAAGGUGAUUAUCAGGUAAUUAUUGUUUCAUUUUUCUUCUGCCUUUUGAUUGGGAAAACAAUGCUUAAUCUUAUGAGCAGCACUAUGAAGUCACAGCCACCUGAAGAAACUGCAGACAUUAGACGGUGCUAAGUGCUAGGGGUGAAUGCUGGAUGGAACGUGGCUGCAGCCUGUCCUAUUGUCUUGUGUCCAUGUUCCAUCCAGCAUUCACACUGAUCUCAUGUGCUGUUGAAACUUUGUUUAUAGACUUUAAUGAGCCCCAAUUGAAGUACUGAUGUACAAGCAGUGACCCCAGCUAAGGGUGAAUGUACUACAAGGCCUAAAGCGCCUGUGUGUGUAAUAGUUCUCUAUUCUCACCAAGUGUCUGGGAGAUGUGGACUCCCGAGAGAGCAUGCAAUUCUCGUGGGGAGCACUUACAUCUAGCAAGGUGGGUAGACACAAGACUUGGAUUACAACAUUAAGCCCCACCCACUGCACUGAGUGGGAGGUGUGAUGAGCUGAUUUCAGCACCAUGCCCCUGCCACACUAUGGGGUCUAUUCAAUUGAAGUCGGAACAGCCGUCUAGUCGGAAAGACUCGUUUCCGACUUUUUUUAGGUCGAAUCAUGAUUUGACCUAUUCAAUGGGGCUGCCGUUUUUUCGACUUGUCGGCAAUUCCGACUUGUUGGAAAACACGUGGAUUGGCAGAUUAGCCGCGGAUCCACAUGUUUUGUUGGAUCUGCAGCCAAAUCCGAUAGGUUUUAGUCCCGUUUACGACAAUGUCAAUCCGACUUUAAAAAAAGCCAUAUUGGAAUUGUCGAAAACGGGCAAAACCAGUCGGAUUUGCCUGCAAAUUGAAUACUGCAUUGUCUGAUCCUCUCCGUCGGAUCUAACAUGCAUUGAAUAGACCCCUAUAUGUACUGAGGUGGGCAGGGAUUAAACAAGGUUAUUGCCCUACUUACUUGAAGAUGCAAUUUGCAUUAUUAAGCUUUCCCAUUGUUUCCUUGCAUACCUCUUUACCUCCCAGAAGUGAGAUAGGAAAGAUAGGGAAGUAUGGAAUAAAUUUGGCUAGAUUCUCCCAUAGACGACAGAUAUGCUAAAACAACUUUAUGACAAGGCAUGAAUGGUCUCUGUCAGUUGUGUACUGAUUGUCUAGAGUCAGAAUAGGAAUUGCUGACAUACAGGACCUGUAUGGAGGAGAAAUUACAACUCGGCUUCAGAGUAGCCUGAAUUUAUUGGAUAUACUUCUCCACAGUUCACCAAUAAUGGUCAUGCCAUGGUGCUAGAUUGAAUUGUCAUUUAUUUUCUCCUAGUCCAUGAUCACAGCCAUCAUAGGUUUAUUCAUUCGAUCUUUAAUAGUAAUACUAUUUAGCUGCUGUAAUAUGUGAUGAUGUGCGCAGCUGAACAUCGAGCAUUGAAUGUCCCUCUUAAUGUUUAAAUAUUAAACCAUUUUUUAAAGGCAUCUUUGAAUUUAGAUUUUCGUCCACACAUUAAUUAGAGAGUCCUUUAGCAGGUGCCAGUGUAAAGGCAUUUACAUGUGGUAUUUCAGAUAACUGACAUUGAGUUAUAGUUUAAUGCACUAUAAUAUACACCACGUUGGACUGUGUGCAGCCCUGCAGCUUGCGUGUUGCAAGUGACAAUCCUGGUUUUGAAAACAACAUUUUAUUAACACUAUUGUGCUGCUUCAUGUGACUCUCUAUACAAUGUUCCUCUUCUCAUUAGAGUUAACUAAAACAGGUGUUACUAGAUAAAGCAGUAGUAACAUUUCUGUCAUCAGGUAACAGGUAUAAAAGGUCUGUUGUGCAUAAAGUCUCAGUGAGGCAUGUGCAUUUAUAUGUAACGUGCCUACAUUACACCUUUAUGGCAAAGCACAAAUGUGUUGGAAAAAGAAAGUAAUAAUUGCAGCAGAUGUCACUGCAUACAGCCAGUCACCAUGCCUGCAGUGAUGCCUCUUAAAUAUGUAUACGGAAUUAGUCUUUGUUUAUAUCAUAAAGGGAAUUGUUGGCAUAGAGUAGUGACAAGGCUAAACGCUUUGGGAGGUAUCCUAUUAGCAGUGGUAAUUUGGGUUCGCCAGGGGCUAUCCAAUUAGCUCCGAUGUGGUACGCUCCAUCCCCCGAUGCCGGCACUUAUCGAGGAUUAUGCUUUGGGUGCCUCACGUCCCCGAAGCGUAAUUCACAAUAAGUGGCCGCUGGAGCCGCGAUAACACAUGGGAUCGGAUCCCAUGUGUUAUCGCACGAUCACGGGUCCGUUUUUGGCCGAUAAAAACGGCCUCUACUUGGAUACCUCGAUAAUGACCACCCGUCAAAAAUCUUGACAUCAGGCCGUUUUUAUCUCCAGAAAACUGAUCGCUUCUAAUUGGAUACCUUCCAAAAGCUUAAAGAUUCAGGGGGACAUUUGUUGAAUAAGAAAAAGAAAAAAGUGUACAGGAAAGAUAAACUAUAUCACAAAGCAACCAGAUCUAUUAUUCUAAAACUGGCACUAGAAACACAACUGGUAAUUCAAUUGGGUUACAUACAGUACCUUAUUAUAGUGGACUGACUUUCAUAAAUGUGCCCCAUGGAAUAUAAUCCUGUCCAUAUGAUCUAUGUAAUGUAAGUGUUAAAAUUGGCUAUUUGAUUCCAAGAACUUGAUUUAUACAUAUAACUUAUUAUCCCUUAUCAAAAUAAACAUUAAGUACUAAUGGUAAAUUGAAAGGAUUUUUUUUAAAUAACUGCCGUUUUUUUCCUCCUAGGAACUUGCUAAGUAGGAAUAUACUAAUUACUAGAAAAGACUAUAACGAAGAGUUUACAUUCUCACAAUGUACAAAAUCUGCAUGUUGGUUGUGCAUUCCUCAGAAUCUCCAGGAUAUAAAAUGUACACUUCCUUGCUUUCUGUUUUGCACUGUAAAUGUGAACAUAUGCUAUCUAGCUGUAUGUGAAUGACAAAAACAUGCUUGUAUCUAGAACCAACUGUUAAUAUGUGAAAUGAUAAAACUUGUAAAAAGUC